AUGUGGGUAAUGAGCCCGGGUUGUCUCUACCUCAAACUGACCGAUCUGCAGACGAAUGUCGAUCAAAUGGCUCAGUUCGCCAAACGAAAUGUGGCUGCCAAAUACGCCAAUUGUAUCGUUGAGUACUACGGUCCGCCGAAAGUCAUGGAUUGUGCCGAUUGUGGAAAGAUCGACGGCGGACUCUGGCAUUGUGAUGGAUGUCGACGGGACAAGGACCUUUGCACUCCAUGCAUCAGGAAGAGGCACAUGUCGAAUCCCUUUCACCGUGUUCGAUACUUCACCGGGAUGCAGUAUCGAGAGGCCAGCCUCAGAGAUGCCGGCAUCUUCAUCCAGCUUUGCCCAAUGGCCACAGGUACUAAUCAGUGCCCCGGGUACGAGGAAGGUCGUUAUCGACUCCCUGCCGGAUUUGACGAUAGAGUGCCUCCCCACUAUGGCAGCUCAAGUGGGUCCGGCGGAGGCCGCGGCGGAGGCUCGAGAUCGAGCACCCCCGCCGGAGGUGUAUCUGGACUCCGGAGGUCCGACGGAGAUGGCCCAGAAGAACGUCUCGACUCUGAGCCUCAAAGCGUCAGCGGUCAAUCCUGGUCUGUCGGGGAGGAUCCGGACGAUCCUUUGUGGAAUGAGUGGGCAGGUAGUCACGAAGAGAUGGACGAGGGGGAGGUCGAAGCAGAGGAGAUCGAGGACGAGGACGAAGAAAGCGACGACGAACACGUUGAAGGUGUGCCGCGGAAAAGGGGACGGAACUCUUUGGUUCGCAAGGAUUCCUGGGGAUACAAGGUCAUGGUGCUUGCACACGAGCAUGACCUGCAUGCGUUGGGAGUGGCGUUUUGUGUUUGUCGCGAAGGCCGUGAGCUUGAGCCUGACGAGCAGAUGCUUCGUUACGGAGGCUUGUUCCCCGCGACCAGCAAAAGUCCUCGAACUGCAUUCACGGUGGAGGGUUUGGCAUGUCAGCAAAUUGAGAGACUGGAAUGCAAAGUGUCAGUGCAAGCCAUCUCUCGGAAGAUCCGCAGAAUAACCCGGCCUCUACAUCCUUCAACUGUCGUCAAUCGAUACAGGGAGCAUCUCAGGGUCAUGCGACAGUACACAGCAGUCGACUCUCUCAUUGUUCAUGGCUAUGCUCAUCAGGACUACAACAACUGGCGAGCUCCCCCUCCUGGUGGAUUAUUUCACAAAUGUGUCGUAUGCCCCUCUGUCGACAAUCUUCCCCCACUUUGGGAAAGAGAUCCAAAUGCCUGGGCAAUCUUUUUUUCCUGGGUCCACGACGGCAAUUUCAGUGCACAGCACACAGUCUCCAAGGAGCCGGGAAACAAUGUACCUUUGUUCCCGGGUACCGGUGCCUUUCAACACCCUGAUGAAGUUCGGGCGGCUUUAAAAAAGAAUGUUACAGACAGAGAUCUACAGAAGGUGCAGCCUGAACUGUUUGCCAACGACAAGCCCUGUCACAAACAUCAAGCUGCCGCUGUGACUGGAAAAAGUCGAAACAAAAUUACCGACAUUAAAGGAAUUGGUUCAUGGGCUUGUGCACGCCACGGACAUUUCGCAGCCUGUGGGACUUGCAAUUAUGAACUAGGAGAAGGACAGGGUCCGGCGGACCUUGCCCUGAGCAAGAUUUUCGAAGUCUGCACAGACGCAGAGCGAGUCAGACGGAUCCAAAUCCUCUACGACAUCUGGUGCCAGUAUGGAAAACAUCUUCGUGAGCGGUUCGAUAAGAGUCCGCACUUGUCCUGGCCAGAGUUCGAGGAAGUCAUGGGUGGUGUUGGUGUAUGGCAUAUCUUUGGCCACGUCUUCGAAUGCUAUGGCCGGUACUCGACUCAGUACGCCCGUCACACCGGCAUUGUGGAUGGUGAGAUCUUGGAAACUCUAUGGUCGAUCCUCAACGGCAUUCUGGAGUCUUGUCGUGGAAUGUCGUUGGCACAUAGGGAGGAGGUGAUCACUUUGUUCCAAUCGGACAGUAACCUUAGGAAAACACUCGACAUGGCUGACACUCUCGCACGGAAAUGGGACAAAUAUCAAGUCGAGAUGUCGCAAAGGAACAAGUUGCUUGUGAAGUUGUCGAUGAAUGUCUCUGAGGCCGACCAGACGAAGUGGGAGAUGGAAAGGCAACGUUUCGAACAUCUGCAAAUUUCAGACCCACUAAAAGCAGACGAACUGUUUGGUGCCGAACUCACGCAAGUCCCAUCCAGAAAAGACACCGAGACAGAGCUACUGGAGGACGAGGCUAAUCUUGUUCAAGGCGGUGGUUUAGUUCAAGCUCUCAUCAGCAGUGUCAAUCUUCAAGUCGAUCAGUUGAAGUUGCAAGCCUUUGACAAACAGGCAACAACUGCAUCAGAUAGGAGGACACUGGCGGGCAACAGGACGAAGCUCCACAACAGAAUUAACAAAUGCAACACCGACAUGGCAGCCGCCUUGCGAUCAAAGCCUAGUCCAGGAGAGCUCGCGGAGGUCCGUCUGCAUAAACUCAUGGAGGAGGACGAGUGGGGAGGCCCGGCGGAGCCCCCGCGACAUGAGGGCGAGCGGAACCUCCGGCGGGCCGCAGAGUUCAGGCCGGUCGAUCUGCCGUCGGCUCGCAGCUUCGACUGGCGUAAACUGGAGGACGAGGGAGUGGACACGGAACUCGGGAUCAAACAACGAGCAAUGGAGGUGGAGGGUAAAUUGCUGAUGGCGCGAAUGGAGGAGGAACUCGGACAAGUUCGAACGACUAUCAUUGACCAGGCCAAUACGUACCUUCAAAAGAUUCGCUCAGGAGGAGGUAACGAGACUCGUGGGCACCAUCUCACGGCCAGGGCCUACGAAGAGGUGCAAAAUCAAGGAAAGGCGGUACGACUCCACGCGCAAAUCUACAACAUGUGUGCAACGAAACUGCGAAAACUCGACUGGGACACUUCCGUCCAGGGCAAGGAGGACAAGAAAGCUAGGACAGCGCGAUAUCGAUUUUUGGAGCCUGAGCAUUUGAAGUGCUCUACAGCAACCUACAGUACUCGUGGUACUAGUCCCAAUUUUGUGCUACCUUGGUUCUGGAGAAUGGUACCCGAAGGACAAGACGAUCAGUCAGGGGCGACGAGGGAAGAAGAUGAGCAGUUUGUAGCCGAAUGUUAG